GCGAUCCCUCGUGUUCGAUCGCACUCAUUCGUUUUUAGCCCGCGCACAAAAAAAUAAAUUUAGAGUAGAUUCGCCGAACUUCGUUGUAAUUGAGAAAGGUCGCUAUUUUUAAGCGCCGUACUGUUUAGAUUCUAUUAAAAAGUCAAUCUUGCUUUAACACUUACAAGCUCGCAUCUUUAGAAAGCAUUCGUGAAGGGAAAGCAAAUCGAUGAAUUAUUGAUUAAGUAAAGGCCUCGCUAUUUCAAGGCUUUCAAUCGGAUAAGCACCGAAGAAUUUUUGCACCGGAAGAGCAGGGCGAUGUGUUCAACUGACAAAGCAAACCAAAUAGAAGAAAACUAGAAGCAUAGACUCGAAAACGUUCUUUGAAGCAAGUCGACUUGUUUCUUUCAAGGUAUUUAUCGUGGAGAAAUUGCUCGGUGAUAUCUAGCGCCAACCAAGAAACAUGUUUUCUUCAACAUAUCAAAGAAUAUCUCUGGCCAGACUUAUCGGAAUGCUCGUACUCAUGCUGACGUUUAUCUGCACUCUAUUUGGAAACACAUCUGCGGAUAUUUAUGCCGCUGUUGCUGAACUAGAAGAUCUUGUCUUUCUGGAACAGCGCCUUCUAAAUGCAUCUAAGAAUUUCAUCAGUUCAGAAAGAAGAAAACUAGCUAAUUUGAAGCAAUUUGCCGAGGCAGUAGAAGUUGCUUCCAAGUUGUCUAGUGGAAAUCCUGAAGAGUAUGUAGCUAAUCCGAUCAACUCCUACCUGCUUCUCAAAAGAUUCACGUGGGGCUGGAAAGAGCUUGGAAGUUUGCUUAACCUUUCUGAUGAAAAAUUAAAAGAUAUAGAUACAAUUUUGAAGGUGAGCAAGAACAGCCUGCCAACAUAUGACGAGGAUUUCGUUGGUGCUGCGGCUGGCUUGUUCAGAUUACAAGAGACCUAUGCAAUACCCGCACGUGAAAUGUCGGAGGGAAAAAUCAAAGGCACCAAACCAUCUCUUCAUAAACUAACUGCUGCUGAUUGCUAUGAACUUGGUGAGCUGGCCUACAAGAAUGACAAAUAUGUACAAAUGCUCGAGUGGCUAGAAGAGGCAGAGCGUCUGCGACUUACAAACGCGACCCUUGGGCAAGAGAGGAUCGGAAAUCUUUCUAUUGUCUUGCUUUUUGAGCAUCUGUCUUGGGCAUAUUAUAUUAGUGGAAAUUACAAAAAAGCUUUAUACUACACUGAACAGGCUCUGAAACACAAUACAAGUGAUCCAACAAUGGAAAACAAUGCCAAGUAUUAUAAAUCAGUUAUUAAGAUGCAACAAGAGGGAAACAGGGUUACUCAAACAUCAUACCAGUUUGAUUACAAACAGAACGUCAUUGGCAACAAGGAGUUUUACAAUAGCACCUAUGCUAGAGCAUGCCGUGGUGUAUUCCUCAACAACCAUACUAGACCCAGGGAUCAUAGAAAGAUUCGUUGCUUCUACAAGCGAGACAGUCCUCGACUAUUGCUAAAACCGGUCAAGGUAGAAUGUGUUCACGACAAUCCAGAAGUAUACAUUCUUUAUGAUGUUAUAAAUCAAAAAGAAAUUGACUUUAUUAAGAGUCUAGCGAAGCCGAAGCUGACGUUUGCAAAGGCCUACGAUGAUUUCGGUAAAAUGGUAACAGCAAAUUACAGAAUAUGCAAAAGCUGUGGCAGCCUGAUGUCACCUAACCACUUUGUUAGUUUUCAACAAUCACGUUCAACACAACUGAUGUACUCGUGGCUUUUUUACGAAGAUACCCCUUUGCAACUUCACGAUCAAUUAAAGUCCUUGGAUCGUAGGUGCGCCGAUGUAAGCGGUCUUUCAAUUGAUUCUGCUGAAGAACUCCAGGUUGUCAAUUACGGCAUUGGUGGCCAGUAUGAGUUCCACAAAGAUCAUGGUGAAAAAGGAGCUCCUCUUGACGUUCACAAAGACGGGAACAGAAUAGCUACAUUGCUUUUCUACCUUAGCGAUGUUGAAGCCGGUGGUGAAACAGUCUUCACUAAAGCUGGUCUAUCAUUGAAGCCUAAAAAGGGCGAUGCUGCAUUUUGGUUCAAUUUACACCGAAACAACACAGGUGAUUGGCGGACAGAGCAUGCUUCUUGCCCCGUUGUUUCAGGAUCCAAAUGGGUUAUGAACAAAUGGUUUCAUAUGAGAGGCAAUGACCAAAGAAGACCAUGCACGCUCAAACAGCUUGACUGAAGCUUUGCAGACACUCAAGAAGAACUAGUCAUCUGUUCAUUUACUAUACUCUAUAUUGGACUAACUGCUUUGCCUUUUCCCCGGUCUAUCUAUUCUUCCUGAGCAAGUUUUCCUCUUGUUUGGUUUUUGUAUGAAUAUAUUCUAAAUAAAACGCGUUGAUAUAAAGUUUUAAGCAAUUCUGUCCAAGCAGAAUUUAUUGGUUGCUGCCAGUGUAAAAAUUGCAAUAGGAACUAAAGAAGAAUAAAUCAACCUAUGAUUGCUGCAAUUUAAAGAAGUAAAAAAGGUCAUUUUACUUUACGAAUAAGAAUAAAAUUGGAACUCUGCAAGAUCUCAAAAUCUCACUAGUGUAGGUAUAACUCAUCACAGAUAGUGUUGAUCGAGAAGUAUAACUCAUGGUAAAAGAAUUGGAAAUGAUUUUAAAACGUAAUAGGUAUAAAGUAUAAGAAACUAAGGGGUGUUGUAACUUAUAAUGUAUGAUUAUUAUUAUUGUUGACUAGUAUUUAAAUUAAUGAAAAGUAAAUGAGCAAUUAGAUAUUUAGAAGCAUGUGUUACAAUCAGAAUUUUAAUUCAACUUACCUCCUUUUUGCGUUAAAUGUUUCUUCAACCACUUUCUGCGACCUCUAGGCUUUUGCUGCUAGAUUUUCUAUCAUUAGGAAUUACUAGGCAUAUGAUGCCAUAUUUCCGCAUCUUGUGCCUUAAUUAAACAGGGCUGUCAACAAGACUGGGGACAAUAAACUCCAUCGAAAAAGUAUAAGCUAUAAAAUUAGAGAGAGGCAUAGCCUCUAUAUCAUUCACAAUGCUUUCACUGUCUUUUACUUUGGCCUAUAGACCUGUAAAAGCCAUUUGCUACCAAAUUUUCAGCAAGAUACUUUGUCAAUAUUUGAUACUGACCCUUGUUCCUUGCACUUUGAUCCAUCUUUCAAAGAAUUGAGCUCUCUCGGGCAUGGCUGCAUUGAUUGUAAAGAAAUAAGAAGGAAUUCCACUACAAGUUAUUGCAGUGAUUCAGGAACCGCGCACCAGUUUAAAAGUGGAGGGGCUAAAAUGGGUGCUGUAAAAUAUUUUAAGGCAA